AUGUUUUAUAGCUUCGCUCUGGGUAGGGGUUUUCGUGCCUUGAUCCAUCAUGAUAUGGCUGUGUACAUCUUAUGUGUGGACAUACGCCGAUUGGCUGGCCCCUCCCUUGGGGACGCGAGUCUUGGGUUCCCUUGCCUACACUACCCGCGUCUUGUUGGCGUCGCCGUCGAAUCGGAUGCUCCCGAGGCCUUGUCGGUGAGUCACUUUGAUUGGAUCGCGCAACUCUUUUGGAAACGUCAAGAGACGGGACUCGGGAGAGGUUUGUUUGUUUACGUUCCAAAGUGGAAAGACAGCCUGAAAGUCAGUGGGAAAAGCAGGACCCCGCCUUCCCAUUCUCGUGCUUGA